AUGUCCCUUCCGGUCUACACCCGACUAGAGGAUGGCCAAAAAUCCCACAGAUCAUAUCUUUCCACGCUAAUCCUACUGUCGAUUACGGUAGCGUUUGUGCUGUUUUGUGCCAUCGGGUUCCUCACCACCACCAGACCUGGGAAAUAUCUGCUUCAGCCUCCGUACUAUCAACCCCAGCCAGAGUACGUGUGGCUCAAUCAGUCGAAGCUGAUGCAACAACUGAAAUUUGUUCUGAACUGUCAUUCCACAGAGGCCAGCUUCCGGAUCGAACAGCGUGGCAAGUAUUGGGUGCUGGAGAAUAUUCUUACCCCUAGCGAGAUGCAAAUUGGCAUACGGCAACCGCGCCGACCGGUGCAGUGUUACGAAACCAUAACCUACACCACGCAUGGCGACUACCGGUUUCUGGACAACAUUGUACCGCUGCUGGAACGCUGGGACGGACCGCUCAGCUUGGCUCUGUACGCUCCGGGGCACGAAAUUGAGCGCGCCAUCGACGGUCUGCGAUGGCUGAUGUUCUGCCACCGGCAGUCCUAUCUGGUGGAAGAGUGGCUCUCGGUUCAUUUGUACUUCGACUCGGACCGGAUGCCACCGAUGCCGAUCCAGUACUACCGGGAUCGGGUUUACCAACCGAUCGACGAUUGUCCACGCCCUUAUUUCGAAGAUCCCGUGGAUCCUACCCAGCCUUCCCUUCGCCAAGCCGGGUACAAUGACUCAUCCGAUCACAUCUACCCGGUGAAUGUGGGUAGGAAUAUUGCCCGCGAAGCGGCAACGACACACUUUGUGCUGGCAAGCGACAUCGAACUCUAUCCCAAUCCGGAUUUCAUCGAGAUGUUCCUCCAGAUGAUCGCCCAGUCGGCUUAUUGGCACACACUGGCCGAGCCCAGUGUCUAUGUACUGCCGAUUUUCGAAGUGCCGGAAACUGCCACCGUUCCCGAGAAGAAGUUUGAAUUACUCCAAAUGUUGAACGAGGGCGAAGCGAUAAAGUUCCACGAGAAGAUUUGCGAACGAUGUCAUACCGUGCCCGGCUACGAGAGCUGGUUGAAGGUGAUCAAGCAGGAUGAUACGAUGGGUAUCGUUGCCAGUGCGUCCAGAACGGGGCCGUUUGCCCUGUGGGAACCGAUAUUCGUUGGAACGAAACGGGAACCGCUGUACGACGAGCGGCUCAGUUGGGAGGGAAAGUUCGAUAAAAUGAGUCAGGGCUACAUCAUGUGCGUACAAGACUACAAAUUCUACGUGCUGGAUAAUGGCUUUCUGGUGCACAAACCUGGCAUAAAAAGUGUUAGCGAGGCCGCCAGGCCAGAGUUGGAACAGAAACAAAGGAAGUUUGUUGAAGAAGUUAUUUUUGAAGAGCUUAAAAUUCUGUACGGUGAAAGUGACCAGUGUGAGUUAUGA